UUUAAAUAAAAGCUGCUAAGAAUUUGUCUUCCCUGCCAAGCCCAAUAUUCUUCUCUCUCACAUUUCGCUAUGGAGGAAGAAUCUGCAAAGGACCUUCUCUUCAAAGACCAGGACUUCUCCUCCGAACUACUGAGGCAGCUCAACGUUUUAAGGCAAAACGGGAUGUUGACUGAUGUUAUUCUCUGCACUAGCGAGUUUGAAAUCCCUUGCCACAGGAAUGUGCUGGCUGCAAGCAGUCCUUACUUCAAGGCAAUGUUCUGUAACAACUUUAAAGAGAGUUGCCAGGCAAAAGUUGACUUGAAAGGCAUUGACUCCAAUAUUUUGUAUCAGAUUGUCCUUUAUGUUUACACAGGAGAGAUUCUUAUAACAGCCGAGAACGUCUUGUACCUAAUGGAGGCCACUUCCAUGUUACAGUACAUUAAAUUGUUCCAGGCCUGCUCUUUGUACCUCCAGGACCAGCUGACUCCUGAGAAUUGCCUGAGCAUGAUAAGGCUCUCUGAAAUCUUGAACUGCCAGAAUCUCAAUAAGAAAGCCAAGGAGAUGGCUCUGAAAUAUUUUCCUGAAGUAGCCUCUUCUGAAGACCUGAAGGAGCUUUGUGCAUUGGAGUUGAUCAAUUACCUUGGGGACGAUGAGCUCUGUGGUGAGGAAGAACAAGUGUUUGAGACACUCAUGGUCUGGAUCCGGCACGAUCUCCAGGCGCGACAGGGCUAUAUCCAAGAUUUGUUCAAGAAGGUCCGGCUUCAAUACGUCCACCCAACCUUCCUUUUCCACUUCAUUGCCAAUGACUCCCUCAUUCAGUCUUCACCCGCUUGUAGAAGCAUCCUGGAAUCAGCUAGGAGACAGAUGUUUUCAUUAUACAGCACCAGCGCUCCUGACAUCAAACCCAUGUGGCACGUUCCCCGCAGAUAUUCGUACCAAGAGUUCCUCAUAAUCAUUGGUGGCAGAAAGGACAACCAGACGACAACCAGGGACGUCCUCCUAUAUGAUGAGAAGACCAACCAGUGGCUGAGCCUCGCCAAGCAUCCUGUGCGCCUUUACAAAGCCUCUGCAGUGAGCUUGCAUAGCAAUAUCUAUGUGCUAGGAGGGAUGCCCGUUAGCUGUGAGAAAAGUCCAGUCAGUGAUAAUGUUUAUAUUUUCUCCCUCAAGCUAAAUCAGUGGAGGUUAGUUGAACCCAUGCUGGUUCCACGCUAUUCUCACAGGAGCAUAGCCUAUAAGAACUACAUUUUCUCAAUUGGAGGAAUUGGAGAGAACCAGGAAAUUCUGAAUUCCAUGGAGAGGUACGACAGCAUUUAUAACAUCUGGGAGAACAUGGCAAACAUGCCCAUUGCUGUCCUUCACCCUGCCGUUGCAGCUAAAGACCAAAGAAUUUAUCUCUUUGGAGGGGAAGACAUUAUGCAAAACCCUGUCCGUCUAAUACAGGUUUACCACAUAUCCAGGAACAUGUGGUUUAGAAUGGAGACCAGAAUGGUGAAGAAUGUUUGUGCACCAGCAGUGGUGAUUGGAGACCGGAUUAUCAUUGUUGGAGGGUACACCCGGAGAAUAAUCGCCUACGAUACUAAGGCCAACAAGUUUGUUAAGUGUGCAGACAUGAAGGACAGACGGAUGCAUCACGGAGCUGCUGUGAUCAAAAACAAGCUAUAUGUUACCGGAGGGCGCUGUCUGACUGCAGACAAUACAAUCCAAGACUCUGAUUCAUUGGACUGCUAUGAUCCUGAGACUGACACAUGGACUUCAAAGGGGAAACUCCCACACAAACUCUUUGACCAUGGAUGCCUUGCUCUUCAGUGUGUCCCCUAUUCCAACCUCCUGUAAAGGAAUCUUGUGUUACUCUGGCCCAAAGGGCCCAAAUUGCUGGGUACGGUGCAUAUGGAAAGUACUAGCAACUGUCCCAAUCAUCUGCCAGUGAAGCAAGCAAAGGAGGCAGUCAUCUCCAGGGUGCUGUGUGCAAAAGGCCAUGAAUUCUCAGAUCUAUAUGUACAUACUGCAGCAAAAUAGGAUGUAAUUUGCUGUAAAAUACUGGAGUACAUACUGUAUUGCCAACAGCCCCACCCUGAGGUCCCUACUCAGAUUUUAUUCAAGCAAUUGGAGUAAAAACUGGGCAAGAGCCUCAGGAUUUCGCAGAGUAUAACGUGUUUUGGAAGAUUGAUAGAAAUGCUGAAGUCUCAGGGGAAACAUGUCACAACAAAGUUGCUAACGUAUUUAUAACACUGCCCUCUACUUGACAGAAACAGGACUCCUCAAGUGUGUGUCGUAGCCCGGAUACUAACAGAAUUUCUCCUUUAGUUCUGGUGGCAGGGGCUUUAGGAAUAGGAGGAUCUGAGUUCUAUUCCCCCCCCCCCCCCAUGAAGUUCUGAGUAGCCAUGUGAUGCUAAAUAUCCAUGGAUUUGCUACAAUACUCAUCUAGUAACAGGGAAAACCUUUCUGCCAUCAGUUAAUGCUAAAACAAGGGCUUUGAAAAAUGAACAGGUUAUAUAGGAAGGUAGGGAAGAAAUGACUACAUUUAAUGUUCCACAUCACAAAUUAGAGAGGAACAAAACCCCAAUCCUUGACUCUGAACCCUUUCAAGUGUUGGUGAGAUGGAGAUUUGAAUCCCUAGAGCUGACCACUGUCCUGGUGACUGGAGGCAAGUGGGUCAAGAUCUCUUUAAGAAUGUUCUCUUCUAUCUUCUCCCUUAAGGAACAAGAGAAGGGUUGCCAACCCUCCAGGAUUGGCCUGGAGUCUCCCAGAAUUGGCAUUGAUC